CCUACAGUCCUACUCAACAAACAACGGCGCCAAAAUACCUCUUACUUCUCUCUCUCCUCUCUCUAUACAUAUAGUGCUUGCAAUGUCACUCUCUUUCUCUCUACAAUUUAUAGAAGUUUCAUUUGCUUAAACAAAAGUGUACGUAGCUAGUACGAAUAAAAAUUCUUCAAGGAAAGUGCUGAAGCGAAAAUCCAGUUUUGCCCCUUCAUCACUGCCAGUUUUAUGGUGGUGCCAGCGACGGAGUUCUGAAUUUGGAGCCCGGAACAGUUAAAUGGGUUGUAAUGUGGUACCCGUUUACCAUAAUUGGGUUAUGGUAAAGUUAUGAGUAGAUAUGGUGUAUUUGGACCAUUGAGUUGUUGAGGAUACCAGUGCAGGCUUGGGGGAAGCAUUGGUAUUGAUGGAGUUUCGGAUAAGAAGAAGAUGAUACCCCCUAAAUUUGCGUAUUUAUUUUUAUUGGGGGUCUGCAUGUGGGUGAACCAUAAGAUCUCUUUAUUGGAUUGGCUUGCUCUGGAUUUUGCUCUAUAAUAAACAUGUGUUUGUUUUUAUUCCAGGUCUAUAAUUGCAGAUGAAGCUGGCAUCGCUGCUGAAGUAGAAGAUAUAUAGUCUAUCCAGUAAAUGAGCUGAAGACUUGGUCAAAUUGGAUGCAAUGUUAAGGACAUUAGCAUCAGCUUUGUUAAUUUUGUCAUUCCUUGUUUCCUUAUCGGCUGCUGAUAAUGGUUUCCCUCGUUGUAACUGUGAUGAUGAAGGAUUUUGGAGCAUUGAGCGUAUCUUAGAGUGCCAAAGAAUCAGUGAUUUAUUUAUUGCGAUAGCCUAUUUUUCUAUCCCAAUUGAGCUCCUUUACUUCGUAAGCUGUUCUAACUUUCCAUUCAAAUGGGUGCUCUUCCAAUUUAUUGCAUUCAUUGUUCUGUGUGGGAUGACUCAUUUGCUCAAUUUCUGGACUUACUAUGGCCAACACCCAUUUCAGCUUAUGCUUGCUCUAACCAUUUUUAAAGUCCUCACUGCACUCGUAUCCUUUGCCACUGCUAUAACCCUUAUCACCCUCUUUCCUAUGCUGCUCAAAAUCAAAGUGAGGGAGUUUAUGUUAAAGAAGAAGACUUGGGAUCUUGGUCGAGAGGUUGGAUUAAUAAAGCAGCAAAAGGAAGCUGGAUGGCAUGUCCGGAUGCUUACGCAGGAGAUUCGAAAGUCACUUGAUCGUCAUACAAUACUAUAUACAACUCUGGUGGAGUUAGCGAAGACACUGGAUUUGCAUAAUUGUGCUAUUUGGAAGCCCAAUGAGAAUAAAACUGAGAUGAACCUGAUUCAUGAGCUGAAAGGAAGAAGCUUUUCUAAUAUGUAUAAUAUGCCUAUUCCGACAAGUGAUCCAGAUGUAAGGGAGAUUAAGGGGAGUGAUGGAGUAAAGUUACUUGAUGCCGACUCCCCACUUGCUGCUGCGAGUAGUGGAGGGAGUAGUGAACCAGGAGCUGUGGCUGCUGUUAGGAUGCCGAUGCUGAAGGUGUCGAACUUCAAAGGUGGAACUCCUGAACUUGUCCCAGAAUGCUAUGCCAUACUGGUGUUGGUUCUUCCUAGUGAACAAGGUAGAUCUUGGAGCAACCAGGAAAUUGAGAUAGUCAGGGUCGUGGCUAAUCAGGUUGCUGUGGCUCUGUCCCAUGCUGCAGUUCUUGAAGAGUCUCAGCAUAUGAGAGAAACAUUGGAGGAGCAAAAUCGAGCUCUGCAACAAGCAAAGCAGGAUGCACUUAGGGCGAGUCAAGCAAGGAAUGCAUUUCAGAUGGUUAUGAGCCAUGGUCUGAGAAGACCCAUGCACUCAAUAUUGGGUCUUCUCUCCUUGAUGCAAGAUGAUAACUUGGGUAAUGAGCAGCGGCUUCUUGUGGAUGCAAUGACUAAAACCAGCAAUGUUGUGUCAACCCUUAUAAAUGAUGUGAUGGAUACUUCGACAAAGGACAAUAGUAGAUUCCCUCUGGAGAUGAGGCAUUUUCAGCUACAUUCCAUGAUAAAAGAAGCUGCUUGUCUUGCCAAGUGUUUGUGUGCUCAUAGGGGUUACAAUAUUUCCAUCGAGGUUGACAAAUCUUUGCCAAAUCAUGUCAUGGGCGAUGAAAGAAGAGUUUUUCAAGUUAUUCUUCAUAUGGUUGGGAAUCUUUUGAAGGACCCCAAUGGAGGUUAUCUUACAUUUAGAGUUCUCCCAGAAAGUGCAAGAAGGGAAGGCAUCGACGGAGCUUGGAAGACAAGGAGGUCACACUCAUCUCUUGAAAAUGUCUAUAUCAGGUUUGAAGUUGGAUCAAGCAAUAAUCAUUCUCAUCCAGAGGGCAUAGCAUCCACAUUGCCACAAUGUUGUGAAACACGCCGCAGUAGGGAAGUGGAGGAAAGGUUGAGCUUCACUGUGUGCAGAAAGCUGGUUCAGUUGAUGCAAGGAGACAUCUGGGUAGUCCCAAAUCCAGAAGGUUUUGAUCAAAGCAUGACCGUCAUUCUUGGGUUUCAACUGCGGCCAUCAAUUGCCAUAGGCAUUCCUGAAUAUGGAGAAUCUUCUGAUCACUCGCAUCCACACUCACUCCUCCAGGGGGUUAAUGUUCUCUUAGCAGAUUAUGAUGAUGUGAAUAGAGCUGUAACAAGGAAGCUACUUGAAAAAUUAGGAUGCGUUGUUUCUGCAGUUUCAUCGGGACACGACUGUCUUGGUGCUCUGGCCCCUGCUGUAUCUUCAUUCCAAAUUGUCCUUUUGGAUCUUCACCUGCCUGAUUUAGACGGCUUUGAAGUAACCAUGAGAAUUCGGAAGUUUCGUAGCCGCAGCUGGCCGUUGAUCGUUGGUUUUGCAUCUGCUGAUGAAGAUGUUAGUGGAAGAUGCCUGCAGAUUGGAAUGAAUGGAAUUAUUCGUAAACCGGUGCUACUGCCUGAAAUUGCUGAUGAGCUUCAAAGGGUCCUACAGGCAAGCAGAAUCAUGCGAUGAUGUUAAAACUGCCUUUGUAGUGGAGCAUAAUAAGGCAUGGCUUCAUUCAACAACCUAAUGCUAAGCAAACGAACGAAAUUUCUCAGGACAUAACUGCUGUUCACCCCUGAAGAUUCCAGCAGACAGAUGUUACAUACAAACACUGAAAUCAAAUUGGUAUAGAAAAUAUAUCUUCUUUUUUCUUUACAUAAUCUUUAAGCUAUACAGGAUUUGACCGCCAGGUGUGCCCUUUCAACAUUUUAUUGAGCUUAACAACUGAUCUGAAUUUAUCUAAGCUGUCCCUAAAACUGAAGUAGUUACGAAAUGACUUGAGAAUAGCUCCAUUUCUAAGCUAUAGUGCACUAGAUUCAUGCAGUAAGAUUUGCUUUAGCAGAAAAUCUGUUGCCAAUUGAAAAUUUUGGGUGAAGAAUGCUCAAAAGGCUGAUUUGAAAUGUUUACUUGUAUGAUAUGCAUUUACGAAUAUACCAAAAUACUUCAUAGAUGAGACUAUACAUACUUUUGGGACUUUAAUGAAGCAGGUUGUUGCACUUU